AUGUGUGACUUCACCAAGAACGAGACCGCAGAAUUCAAGGAGGCCUUCCAGCUGUUUGACAGAACAGAGGAUGGCAAGAUUGCAUACAGCCAGUACAUGAUGAGGUCCCCGGGCCAGAACCCCACCCACGCCGAGGUGCCCAAAGUCCUGGGGAACCCCAAGAGUGAUGAGAUGAAUGUGAAGCUGUUGGACUUUGAGCACUUCCUGCCCGUGCUGCAGACUGUGGCCAAGAGCAAGGACCAGGGCACCAAUGAGGACUGUGUCGAAGGCCUUAGGGUGUUUGGCAGGGAGGGGAAUGGCACUGUCUUGGGUGCUGAGAUCAUACAUGUUCUAGCCACACUGAGUGAGAAGGUGACAGAGGAAGAUGUAGGGAUCCUAGUGGCAGGGCACGAGGACAGCAAUGGUUGUAUCAACUAUGAAGAGCUCAUUUGUUUGGGGCUGAGUGGCUGA